AUGGAAGGUCUGUCUCUCCUUUUCUGUCUGCUUCUAACUGCCUUUCAAGAGUCUCCCUCAGAUGACCCCUGCUACAGCUACACUGUACUGGACGAACCUUGGAGAGCCACUGACUAUCAGAAUGACUCUGUCUUAAUGUGUGACCGGGAUGUGAAUUGGUUUGGCUGGUAUCGUCUCUUCAUUCAUGGCCAGAGUGCCCAGAUGCCAAACACAUGUAUUGACGAGUACAAAUGUGGCACUCAUGCCCCACUGUGGUUAAAUGGUGAACACCCAAAAGUCGAGGAUGGAGUGGUCACCCGAGGUGUCUGUGGUCACUGGAACAAUAACUGCUGCUAUUACAAUUCUACUCCCAUUAGAGUGAAAGCCUGUCCAGGCGAUUAUUAUGUCUAUGAAUUUGUCAGGCCAUUUAUGUGUGCUGUGGCUUACUGUGCAGAUGUUGGGAACAUCAACACUAUCUAUACAACUAUCACACCAGAGACCAAUUCAUCUGAACCAUGUGGUGGCAAUAUGACAGAUUGGAGGGGUGUAUUACUCAGUCCCCGGUACCCUAAUAACUACCCUAAUAACGCACAAUGCACCUGGACCAUUCACAGCACAGGGAACACAACUGUGUCACUGAUCUUCACUGACGUUGAUUUGGAAACAUGCUGUGAUUACAUCAAAGUAUAUGAUGGUCCUUCUACCCACCACCCCUUACUGGGAGAAAUACGGGAGUACAGGAACCAGUCUUUUAGAUCCAGCAGCAAUGAUCUGACUGUGUUAUUCUACAGUGAUCACAGUGUCACACGUAGAGGAUUUCACGCAAACUGGGUCUUUGUAGAGUCUCCCUCAGAUGACCCCUGCUACAGCUACACUGUACUGGACGAACCUUGGAGAGCCACUGACUAUCAGAAUGACUCUGUCUUAAUGUGUGACCGGGAUGUGAAUUGGUUUGGCUGGUAUCGUCUCUUCAUUCAUGGCCAGAGUGCCCAGAUGCCAAAAACAUGUAUUGAUGAGUACAAAUGUGGCACUCAUGCCCCACUGUGGUUAAAUGGUGAACACCCAAAAGUCGAGGAUGGAGUGGUCACCCGAGGUGUCUGUGGUCACUGGAACAAUAACUGCUGCUAUUACAAUUCUACUCCCAUUAGAGUGAAAGCCUGUCCAGGCGAUUAUUAUGUCUAUGAAUUUGUCAGGCCAUUUAUGUGUGCUGUGGCUUACUGUGCAGAUGUUGGGGACAUCAACACUAUCUAUACAACUAUCACACCAGAGACCAAUUCAUCUGAACCAUGUGGUGGCAAUAUGACAGAUUGGAGGGGUGUAUUACUCAGUCCCCGGUACCCUAAUAACUACCCUAAUAACGCACAAUGCACCUGGACCAUUCACAGCACAGGGAACACAACUGUGUCACUGAUCUUCACUGACGUUGAUUUGGAGACAUGCUGUGAUUACAUCAAAGUAUAUGAUGGUCCUUCUACCCACCACCCCUUACUGGGAGAAAUACGGGAGUACAGGAACCAGUCUUUUAGAUCCAGCAGCAAUGAUCUGACUGUGUUAUUCUACAGUGAUCACAGUGUCACACGUAGAGGAUUUCACGCAAACUGGGUCUUUGUAGUUCCUCAACCUGAAUGUGGAGGACACCUGUAUGGUUCUGGGCUGUUCUCCAGUCCAAACUACCCCAACUAUUACCAUGACAAUGCCUACUGUGUGUGGUAUCUCUCUGCUGAGCAAGGACAGAGGAUCUUCCUGACAUUUGCGGAUGUGCAAUUGGAGCGCUGCUGUAACUGUGACUACAUCACAGUAUAUGAUGGCUCUUCCACUGAUCAUCCUCAGCUGGGAAAGGUCUGCUUCAAUGACACAUCACACCAGGUGUUUCACUCUUCUUCACAUUACUUGACUGUUGUCUUCAGGAGUGACUCCUCUGGUGUCAGCCAUGGUUUUAAGGCCCUGUUUACAAGCUCUCUGACUGAAGAACAAGGUCGUGUGGAUUGUUCCUCAGACAACAUGCUCAUUGUCAUUCAGAGAUCUUACCUGAAUUCACUUGGGUUGAAUGGAAAUGACCUUUAUGUGGAAGACCAUCUUUGCAGACCCACUAUUAGCAGUACUGAAGUUGUUUUCAGCUUCCCACUUAAUGCAUGUGGAACCGCCAAACAGACGAUGAAUGGUUAUGUGUCCUACACCAACAAUGUGCGGGCCUCUCAAUCUCAGUCAGGUGAAAUCUCUCAUCAGUCACAAUUCCUGCUACGCGUGGGCUGCCGAAUGGAGCCAGACACCAUGGUGCAGAUAUUCUACAAGGCCAAGGAGAUCAUCAAUGCCAACAUCACAGGAACGGGCCGCUUCAAUGCCAGCAUUGCCUUCUACACAUCCAGCAGUUUCAAUCAACAAAUUUACGACUCUCCGUAUGAAGUGAACUUGAAUCAGCUUCUGUAUGUUCAGGUUGCGCUAAACAGGCCUGACAACAGUUUGGAUCUCUUCCUGGACACCUGUGUAGCGUCUCCAAAUCCCAAUGACUUCAAAGAUCGCUCCUAUGACCUGCUGCGUAAUGGAUGUCCCAGAGACAACACAUAUUAUUCCUACACCAGCGGUCAACACUAUUAUGCUCAGUUCAGUUUCCGAGCUUUCAAGUUCCUCCGAACUCAUGCCUAUGUGUACCUGCAGUGUAAGGUGAUCAUCUGCCCUGAUAACGAUUACAACUCUCGCUGCCGCCAAGGUUGUCGCUUCCGUCGCAAGAGAUCCCUUGACAGCACCUACCACACCAAUACUGUGAGGCUGGGGCCAAUCAAACUCAAAGGUCAGAGGCCACUAACAGGUAUCAUUUCUAAAGAACUGUAUUAAAGUUAAGGCUUUUCUAAUAACUGUCCAUUCGCUGUCAUUCCAGGAAUUGUGUGAAGGAGUCUGAAGGGUCAAAGGAAUGAAGGGAUCAUCUCAAUCAUAACCUUAUUCAUUACUGUUGAUCAAUCUUAAUUACCCAGCAAAUUAAACUUAAUACAAAUUAUAUUUUUGCAAUUCAAUAAAGCAUAUCUAAAAAGAUGAUCUGGUCACUGUUUUUUUCAAUGUUUUAUAUUCACAUGUAUUCCGUUCAGUGUUUUCAUGACCUCUCCGAAAUGAAAUCAAUAUAAAGGUAGAAAAAAAAAUACAAUGAAUAAAU